AUGGUGACCAAACAUACAUAUUUAACUGAUUCGCAUCAAUGUUUUGCACAAAAAUUGAUGGCGGAGUCUUCUGGAACCACCUCUAGUUAUUCCAAUUCUAAUCGAACAAAAUCAUCACAAAAAUAUUCAAAGAAUAAAAAGUCAAAGUUAACUUCAACAUGGAAUAAAAAAUAUAACGAUUUAUACAAAAGCCAUUCUUAUUUAAUGUUCUUUUGUAUAUGGAUUUUGUUACUUCAUUUCGGAGGAUUAUAUUUAUUUACCAGAGGGUUUUUACUUACAAGAUUAGUCUUGGAUGACCAUAGCGAAUGUUCAAGCCCCCCUUUGUGGAAUUAUGAUAGCGAUGUUAACAAUUCUGAUCAUGAUCUAAGUAGAGGGUAUGACUACCCUUGGAAAAGUACAGUGGCCGGACAAAAGUUGAUAGCCAAUGACCGAGAACAUGUAAAUAUAAGAUACGGUAGUUGCUGGUAUCCUUCUCGAUUUAAAAAAGCAGUGAUUAUACUUAUAGAUGCACUCAGAUUUGAUUUCACAGUUCCACAUAGUGACGAUUCGUCUAAUAAUUUUCAUUAUCUAAAUAAACUUCCUAUACUUGACCACCUUCUCAAAACAUAUCCAUCCAAUUCUUUGUUAUUUCAAUAUAUCGCCGAUGCACCAACAACUACUUUACAACGUCUUAAAGCUCUUACAACUGGAACCUUGCCAACCUUUAUUGAUGCCGGAAGCAAUUUUGCAGGAUCGGCCAUAAUUGAGGAUAACUUGAUUUAUCAACUUCGGAGUCAAGGCAAAAGGAUUGCUUUUAUGGGAGAUGAUACUUGGCUAUCCCUUUUUCCAGAUCAGUUCUCUCCUAAUAUGACAAAUCCCUUUCCUUCCUUUAAUGUUUGGGAUCUAGACACGGUUGACGAAGGAAUAUUAAAUCUAUUGGGACCGACUUUAAGAAAUGGUGGUAGUUUGGAAAACUCGGAUCCAGAAUCACAGUGGGAUGUACUCAUCGCUCACUUCUUAGGAGUGGAUCAUUGUGGACAUCGCUAUGGGCCAGAUCAUCCGGCCAUGGCAAAAAAAUUAGGACAAAUGAAUAAGAUGAUAGAUGACGUUGUUAAAGAUAUUGAUGAGGAUACGGUAGUCCUAAUAAUGGGUGAUCAUGGAAUGGACUCAAAGGGAGAUCACGGUGGUGACAGUGAUAAUGAAGUAGAAUCUGCUCUUUUUGUCUACAGCAAAAGGCAAUUGGUAUAUGACUCAAGUACAACAAAUAUUCUUUCACGAAUCUACGAGAAGAUGGACGAAUUUGACGUACACGGGAUAAAAUCUUUUACCUCAAAGUAUGGCAGAUGGAGAAGUAUUCCUCAGAUUGAUUUUGUGCCAACUUUAUCUCUUUUAUUAGGAGUCCCUAUUCCCUUUAAUAAUUUGGGUUCCUUAGUACCUGAGAUGUUUCUUUCUGUUCCUGAAAAAAACAAAGAAGAUAAUAGCGUAGAGAAGCAAUUGAUUGGAUUAUUGGAUGUUAUAAGGCUUAAUGCAAUGCAGGUUUAUCGGUACACCAUGGAAUAUUCGAAAAAACGGCCGUCUGAUUUUUCAAAUAAUUUACAUAUCGUUGGGAAUAUGUUUAAUAAAGCUGAAGCAGAAUACAAGUUAUUAAGAGGUUCAUCUGAUCGACCAAAAAUAGAGGAUUUAGAGAAUUUAAUAGUGCUUUACAUGAGCUUUUUAAGGAAUACACUACUUAUUUGUCGACGAAUAUGGGCUCAAUUUGAUGUUGCAUUGAUGAUAUCCGGAAUUUCGAUUCUGAUAACGAGUUGUUUCUGUAUCGGUUUACAUCUUGCACAGAGUACGAGGAAGCAUACUAUCUUCUGUAACCAUGCGGCGGUAAGGCAUGUCUUGGUAGGAGGAAGUUUUGGUGCAGUCUUUGCGAGAUUAG